AGCCCUGGUGUUCUGGAAAAGACAGAGCUGUUAAUCAAAACAAAACAAGAGCGAUUUUAAAUGGUUUUUUAACAUGUCGAGUACUCCUGCAGAAAAGGAAGCCACCCAUGAAGAUCCAGCAAUUUGGCACCGAUGGUGUCGCCUGUGUGCCCAAGAUCAUCUGACCAACCGGAAUGUGUACUCCAGGGAGGAGCAUCAGAACUCGGGGACGAGCAUGUUGGCCAUGACCGUUGGCAAAUACUUCUGGGUGGAUAUCAAAAAGGAGGAUGAGCUGAGCAAUUAUCUGUGUUCCGAAUGCUUCACUUUGAUGGAUUGCCUCAUGGAAUUCUCGGAGAGAGUUCGCAAAGUGCAGACCCUUUUCAACAGACUGCAGGCCCUAAAACCGGAUACUUCGGUAAACUAUGAGGAACUACGAGCAGACUGCGGAUUGGCCACCGAUGAAUGGAAGCAUAUUAUGUACAGAGCAGUGGUACUUCCUCCCCCUAAAGAAGAAGAGUUCAUUGAUGAGGACCAACCAAUAGUCGUGGAAGAACUGAAAAACCAAGAAUUUGUCCAGGAUCUGCAUAUCGCUGGAGAUGAACUACAAAUCGUUGGAAUGGAAGAGGAAAUCUUAGAAGACGGAGGUGAGCACCUCGUGGAGGAAGAGGUCGAAACAGUGGAGGAGGAGGUGCAGCAACAGGAACCCACCGAUUGCUUGGUAGAAGUGGAUCGCAGCGCAGAGGAUGAGGACUACAUCGAAGCAUCGAAGAUAAUAGUAGAAAGCCAAGUUGAAGAUUUCCACGUUGAAACAUAUGAAGUAAUAUCCCAAGCACGCCCAGAAGAACCCCUUAAAUCGAAAGCAGUCGAAGAAACUAUAGAAUCCGAGGAAGAUACCCAUGCGGAUGAAAUUUCCGUGGAACCAACCAAUUAUAAAUGCAGCAUUUGCAAUAAGUCGUACAUAAAACCCAUGGCCUACAAGCGACACAUGGAGGAAGUCCACAACACUGUGCCCAAAGAUCUACCACAACUGCUAUGCAACCGGUGCGGAUUAUGCUUUCCCACAGCCACCCAGCUAGCCUCCCACUACUGCACCCAUUUACCCGCCAAAAUGAAGUCUGAUAACUCCUGUCCGCACUGCGAAAAGCAUUUUACCACUUCGGCAUCCCUUAAACGACAUAUAGAUGGGUUUCACAAGCAGAUCAAGCCUUACGUCGGCGAAACCUCAGAUGGCCUUGUUGAAGUGGAAAACAUCCCGGAAGAGGACUACAUCGAAGAAUCGCAGAUAAUAGAAGAAAGCCAAGUAGAAGAUUUCCAGAUUGAAACAUAUGAAGUAAUAUCCCAAGCACGCCCAGAAGAACUCCUUAAAUCGAAAGCAGUCGAAGAAACUAUAGAGUCCGAGGACGAUACCCAUGAAGAUCUUUUAUCUGAGCAUCUCAUAGAAGAUGAAGAUGACGAGAUUCCAGAUCCAACCAUCUACAAAUGCAGCAUUUGCAAUAAGCCUUACAAGUUACCCAAGGCCUAUAAGCGACACAUGGAAGAGGUCCACAACACCGUGCCCAAAGAUCUACCACAGCUGUUAUGCAACCAAUGCGGACUAUGCUUUCCCUCGGCCUCCCAGCUGAACGCCCACUACCGAAGCCAUUUACCCGCCAUAACUAAGUCCGAUAACUCCUGUCCGCACUGCGAUAAGCGUUUGACCACACCGGGAACACUGAAGCGACACAUAGAAGGGGUUCACAAGCAGAUCAAGCCCUAUGUUUGCGACAUCUGCGGCAAGAGCUUCAACUAUGUCACCGGUCUCAAAGAUCACAAGGUGGUCCACACCGAGGAGUGUCCCUUCGAGUGUCCCGUGUGCUUGCGACGCUUUAAAAACAAGGCUAGAUUAAAGAUCCAUUCCGAUACUCACAGUGCCCAAAUCUACGAGUGUACAAUAUGCGGCGUGAAACUCAAGACCCGUCGCACCUUCAACAAGCACAAAUUGGUCCACUCAGAUGAACGGCAAUAUAAGUGUGAUGUCUGUGGAUCAACGUUCAAGCGGAGUAAGACCCUAAAGACGCAUCUCAUCCUGCACACUGGCAUUCGGCCGUACAAGUGCAACUUCUGCGGAAUAGACUUCUCCAACGGCUCCAAUUGUCGAUCGCACAAGCGAAAGGCGCAUCCGAAAGAACUGGCCGAGGAGGAAUCGCGCGGAGUCUCGCGGUCCACGCUACUUCCUAUGCUAGAUGAACUUACCAAGGCAUCCAAGCUCAUAAAAACACCUGCAAAACCCAGCAAAAACAAGGGAAGUAGGCCAAAAGUUCCGCCCAAAGCUGAAUCUUCCUCAAAGGACACUGAUGGGAAUGCUAUCCUUUACGAACUUGUCGAGGAGCUUGAAUAUUCCUAGGUAUUAAAAUAAACAUUAAUUUAAAACUAUUUUAAAAGUUGCGAGUACAAGGGUCUCUUGGUUUAUUCACAAUUCAAGUUUAGGUUCUUAAGAGCUAGUUUAUAAAUCGAGGGUUGAGUUUACAGAUCUUAAAUGCUUGAUAGGCAGCAGAAAUAGAAAAACACAUUGAACUUAGACAGAACUAAUCGAAUACAUAAAUCACAAGGCAAUCAACAAAUU